AUGUCUCUUGAGAGGAAAAGCGACAUUCUGUUUCAUUACAAGUCUUUUGUUAAAGUAGGGGAAUCGGAAAGAUAUAUUAUAACUUACAAUUUAUAUGACGAUGAAGAAAUUCCUUCAGAUAUUUCCUUAGACUCCCUGUGGAUUAGAAUAAAGAAUGUUGAACCUCUGUCAUUUAGGGCAGGCUACCUUAUGGGACCGUUUAUAUUGUACUGUGACUUACGUACAGAGAAAUAUCAUCAUUCUCAAAAAAUAGUUGCAUCUGUAGAUCAGCCUCGAUUCGAGCCAAAUCUGCAAGCUCAACAACAUUGUUUGGCAGAGUUGUCUCUUCAUAAUAUACAAAAGAAGUAUGUUUGGGUUGUCGAUGUUGUCAGUCAAAUUAUCUUCGCUACAAAUACAAGUGUCUCCUUCGAGAUAUCUAUAGGGAAAUCAGUAGAGUCCUUAAAUGAUACCACAGAUUUGCUACCCCAACUUCAUUCCUUUUCAAAUAAGCUAUUGGUUAAUAGGCUCACUUCACUAGAUCUAUGGAAAUUACCCACUCAGUUAAGUCUAAAACAACCAAAGAAAAAACAUCUUGUCAUUUUGACUCAUGGUCUACAUUCAAAUGUAACAAAUGACAUGGUUUAUAUUCAAGAACAGAUAUACAAGGCGCAAGAAAACUAUUCAAAUGAACAGAUUAUUGUUGAUGGCUAUCCUGGAAAUGUCUGUGACACGGAAAAAGGUAUCAAGUAUCUGGGAUCUAGGGUAGCUGAGUAUAUUAUCGGCCGAUUAUAUGACGAAUCUGUCGUGAAAAUAUCCUUCAUAGGACAUUCUCUCGGUGGACUUGUUCAAACAUUUGUUAUUGCUUACUUGGCGGCUGUAUAUCCAUGGUUUUUUGAGAAAGUGAAGCCAAUCAAUUUCAUUGCAAUUGCAUCACCCUUAUUGGGAAUAGUCACCGAUAAUCCAGCAUUUGUAAAAUUAUUAUUGUCAUUUGGCGUAAUAGGUAAAACUGGGCAGGAUCUCGGUUUAGAUGGCCAGCAAAGUGAUCAAUUACCUCUUUUGUAUUUACUGCCAGGGGAACCGGUGAGAUCCGUACUUUCUAAAUUCAAAAGAAGAACCAUUUAUGCCAAUGCAAUCAAUGAUGGGGUAGUACCACUUUAUUCUUCAUCGCUAUUAUUUUUGGAUUAUGAUGAUAUUUUAAAACAAUUGAAAUUGAAGGAGGGCAAAUCAAAUGUUGAUGAUAUUGAAGAUAAUAUAACAGUUUCUCAAAAUACAGCAUUUUUCAAUAAGAAUUUUGUCUCUCCAAUUACAAAGAUGCUAAGUAUAUGGGCACCACAAAAGUUUCCAGGUUCAAACCCAAAAUUGCCAAAAGUUUCAAUGAUUGAAACAGCUACAUCGAUUCUACUGCCUCCGUUGCCUGAUAAAUCUUUUAUUAUGGAUCCUGACUCUAGAGAUAAUGCUAUUGUACAUGACAAGUUAUAUACUGAGUCUGAUAUCCCUGCCGAAGAACUUAAGGCAGAGCUUGAUUUCUUUAAUAGCAAAAAUAUUCUCUUGCAAUCAUUUGUUGACGGUAAUGGAGUGCGUAAAAGAUAUCAACACUUAGAACAAAUGAUUGCAAGGCGCUGGCAUAAAGGCUUAUCAUGGAGAAAGGUUAUUGUUGCUUUGAAACCCGAUGCUCAUAACAAUAUAAUGGUAAGAAGAAGAUUUGCAAAUGCUUAUGGUUGGCCCGUUAUAGAUCAUUUAGUCUCUGAACAUUUCAAUGGGACUGAUAAUGAUACUGAUGAGGAGGUGGAGGAAGAACUCUCUGUCGAGGCAGAGGAAGUAAUAAGGAGCCAAACCGAUAAAAAUACUGAUAGUGAUCAUAGCUGGGUUACAAGUGUCGAUGAUUUACAUAUCUUCGAUGAAGGCCCCACUGGUAUGAUCUCAACUGUUAGUGAAAUGGUGGAAGCAUUCGCUAGGAAAAAGUUCUCAAGUAUGACAGGCAUUGAUGGCCCCGACAAUAAUAACUCUGAAGAUGCUGUUUUAAGAUUUCAAGAAAAUAAUAAUGAUUUACUUCAACAAUAG